CCAGCGUCCAAAGUUAAGCUCUAAUGUUCUCCUUCUUCGCACGCCGGUUCAACCCCCUUACGGAUAUCCCCCAUCUCGUGGGACGCGUCGCCCUCGUCACGGGCACCAAUUCGGGUAUGGGCUAUCAGACAGCCCUCCAACUUGCUUCCCACGGCGCUAAAGUCUGGCUCACGACUCGUUCGGAGGGCAAGGCACUGGAUACGGUGCGGAGGAUGGAAGAAGCUGACCAGAGCUUGAAGGGCUCCGGGAGAUUGAAUUGGUUUGUCUUGGAGCUCAACUCGGUUGCGGGCACGAAAGCUGCUGCAGAGAGGUUCUUGAAGAAGGAAGAGAGGCUUGAUAUCCUCGUCAAUAACGCUGCGCAACUGCCCUCUGAUUACAAAUUAACCUCAGAAGGUUUGUCAGAAGUGUUCGCCGCCGACUAUGUGUCCCCAUUUGUGCUCACGACCACCCUCCUUCCAUUGCUCGAGAAGACCGCUAGGCUUCCUGGCUCAGACGUACGAGUAGUCACAGUCGCCUCCUCACAGCAUUCCACCGCCCCAGCCACAACCAAAUUCGAAACCUCAGCCGACUUCCGGGACUUCGCGGGGCCCGAGUCUACCAUGAACAGUAACGUCCAACGGCGAGACCGGUACGCGCAAGCCAAACUCGCGGAUAUCCUCUUCGCCCGUGAGUUGCAGAAACGCUGGGACGUGGCUGGCGUUCCUGCGGUCUCAGUAUCCCUCCAUCCGGGGGACGUCGCUACUGAGGGACUGGAACGGAUGAUUCGGACCUUUGGAGCUGGUCUUCUUUGGCCCCUCGUCGCCCCCUUCUUCAGGAGCGCACUGCAAGGCGCAACAACAGCGCUUUUCGCAGCUACGUCCCCAGAGAUGCUGAAAGACAAGGAGAAAUUCAAGGGGCAGUAUCUGGUGCCUUGGGGUCAGGUGGCGGAGCCUAGCGAGUUGGCGAGGCGGGAAGAGCUGGGAGAGGCGUUGUGGACGUUGAGCGAGAGGGUCGUGAAAGAGAUUCUGGAGAAGGGGAAGGUGGAAUGAUGAAUGUGGUGCUUGCUUGUUGUGCACGAAAAUUACUACUUUUGUGAUCAGUCUUCCUCAAUCGAGCGUACGUUGUACUCACUUCGGCUGUG